CCUAAAAUCGAAAAAGUAUCUUUCGGAUCUAUCAAUUUAAUGUUAGCCAACCAAAAGUAGGUUCCGCUGGCGCUGUGCAAAAAAAAACAACGAAAAUUUAAGUCUCAUAAAAAACAGCAGUAAGCGUCAAAUUCGAGUUGAGAUGGCGACUAGACUGGUUUUGCGGCAUGUCAACUGCAUGCGCGCUUCAUGUCCUUCAUUGAAUAGAAUUAUAGUGAAGGGUGGCAGAUGGGACGCAGUAACAUCAAUAGAGUAGAGAUACAUGCCUCUCAUUUGCCCUCUUUCUAGGUUUUGCUUUUUUUGCCGACUUCCAUUCCAUUCUGAUAUCUCCUAAUAAUUCUCUGAACAAAUAGAAACCUUCGAGCGAGACAGGGGUAUAUCGUAUAUUGCCACGCAGAUCCAAAAGAACCAGUCUGAAUCGCAUAGGUAGAUAUACAUCAUCCCAGUCCAGAAGAACCGAUAAUCGUUUUGACGGCUUUCUUCCGAGAACAGCUGCUGCACUUUAUCACGACUUGCAGGAAUGUACAUUGUACAAGCUUACGUCAUUAGUGUACAUUGAGAGCAAUGAAGAGACGCCUGCUUACAUCUACCUAGGUAUAACCUAACCUAUAAUUUCCGACAUUCCUAAAUAUCAACUAGAGGUGUGUCCAGUGGAAAGAAAGGCGGAGCCAAGUGAAUGUCACCUUGGCAACCAAACAAAGGCUGUUUUGACGCACUCGGAAACGCCCUGCGGUGUAGAGGAGAGUUCAAGCAACUGGUUCUUAAUGGCUAAGGCGCACGCGUUUCAAACAUAAAUACAUAUACACACUCAUCCAGUCAGAGAAAUUGAAUUUCGGUUGAAUGUGUAAAACCGGUGAGGAAUGGCGGCGGGACGGACAGCAGACAAAUGUAUACGACUUGGGGUGGGUUAACGUUAAACAUAACGUACAUCGUACAACAGCGGCCUGCCUGCACCAGCACCAGCACCAGCACCGCAUUCAAAGAACACUUGAGAGCUCAAUGUUUGUUAGUAAGCCAAAUAGUAAGUAGGUAUUCCCCUCUGCAAACAGUCGCAUUCGAGAGCAGCUAGAGAUCACCAGCGCAUCAUCACCGCCGUCGUUGUCUUUACUAUUAUUGUAAUCACCUCGACUUUAUGUCGAUAUUUGAGUUUUUUUUUAUUUAAAAGUUUUGUUUUCGGAAAUUACUUUCUAUAUCACCACGAACUAUGUUUACCAAAAUCAUUGACAUCACAAUUUCGAUAAUUUUCGGUGUGGAUUCGCUCAAGUGUAGAUAUUUACCUUCCCAUCACUUGUAAUUAAAUAAAUUUAACAAACAAAACAAUAAUUUUUGUGUGGUACUGAUAACAGUUUAAUCGAUUACUCGGAUAGUGCGACCUUAGAUAAGUUUAAAGUGUAAUCAUACCUAACUUAAAAGCUAAUGAAUAUUUGCAUUGUGUGGGUUUUAAAAGAAGAACAAAGGAACCUUUUCCUAGCUUAGUGAAAAGAAUUAACAAAAAAAAAUCUUAACCCAUUUUACUCUUGAAUAAAGUGAUACUAAAUAACUGCAAACAUUAAGCUCCAAACGGACCGAGGAUACCCUCCUCAAGCCCUUACAAUUGAUAUAAUGCAAAAGCUGUAUGCGGACACCCCGACCAGCGCCUCAGUUAGCAUGGCGGGUGGAGGAAACAGUGGUGGCGGAGGAGGUGCGGGUGGAGGUGGUGGGAAUAGCAGCGGUGGUGGAGCAGUUACAAAUCCAUCUUCUAAUGGCGGGACGAUGAGUCCUUUGACACCGUCAGCCUACGGUAUGAACCCUAUGGGUAUGACGGUUGGUGGGAUGACAUCGGUGUCACCACAAAGUGCGGCAACUUUCGGCUCCAGUGUACUUGGUUCAGCAGCUGCAGCAAGUAUGAGCAGCAUGGGUGCAGCCGCGGCAGCAAUGAAUUCAAUGGCAAAUAAUUGCAUGACACCUAGCUCCUUAAGCUACGCAUCAAUGGGUUCACCGCUCGGCAAUAUGGGAUCAUGUAUGGGAGGAGGAGGAAUGUCGACAAUGGCCGCAAUGGGUGGCUACACAUCAAUGGCAAACGCACGGGACUUAGAUGCAGGAUCACCAAAUUCAAGUGUUUUGCAAAGGUCCCGGGUUGAAAAACCCACAACUUAUAGAAGAAGUUACACACAUGCCAAGCCACCUUAUUCAUACAUCUCUCUUAUAACAAUGGCAAUACAAAACAAUCCAACCCGCAUGCUAACACUUUCGGAAAUUUAUCAAUUCAUCAUGGAUCUGUUUCCAUUUUACAGACAGAAUCAACAGCGUUGGCAAAACUCAAUCCGCCAUUCGCUAAGUUUUAACGACUGCUUCGUCAAGAUUCCUCGUACACCCGAUAAGCCGGGAAAGGGAUCAUUUUGGACCCUCCACCCUGAUUCUGGAAAUAUGUUUGAGAACGGCUGCUAUUUAAGGCGUCAAAAGCGUUUUAAAGACGAAAAGAAAGAAGCUAUUAGACAACUACAUAAAAGUCCUUCGCACAGUAGCCUCGAAACUUCAAGCCCUGGUAAAAAAGAUAGCCAUCAUGAUGAUCAUCCCCAUCAUCAUCAGCAUCACAACCGAGACCACCAUCACCAUCAUAGUAAAGAAGGCCCAGGUUCAGGGCUUCUAGGAUCCUCACACAGCAAGGAUGCAGAAACUCUAGCAAUGCUACAUGCCAACGCCGAAUUAUGCUUAGGGCAACAGGCGUCUCAGCAUAUUCCACCCGGCCAUCAUCAUCACCACCACCAUCAGCAAAUGCAACCAGAAGAAAUAUCUGCAAUGGUUAACCGAUGUCAUCCAUCGCUCAUUAGUGAUUAUCAUUCCUCCAUGCACCACUUGAAGCAGGAACCGACUGGAUACACUCCCUCAAACCAUCCGUUCUCCAUCAAUCGCCUGUUACCGACGGAGUCCAAGGCGGACAUCAAGAUGUACGAUAUGAGCCAGUACGCCGCCAGCUAUAACGCUCUUAGUCCCCUCACCAAUUCACACGCUGCCUUGGGCCAAGAUUCCUACUACCAAAGCUUAGGUUAUCAUGGGCCAACAGGUACUACCAGCUUGUGACAUCAGUAUCCACUAGCUUAAACGCAUUUCGAAUUCCCAUAAAUUCUAUUGCGACAUAAGCUAAUGCCACUUUCCGUUUAAAAGUGUGCUUAUUUCGACCUCAAAAUUAAUCCUGAAUCUCUCAUUCACAGCGGGCUACGGAAAAAAUUCGCGUGUUUGGCGGGUGUUCGGUUUCUGACGAAUUUCUAACGUUUUUCUGUUUUACCUUAUUAUGUAACAACGACGAUAUGGCACAUAGUCUGUAAAAUUAUAUUGUUGAAGAUACUUCCCAACGUACAUAAAUCCCAAUUCGUGUUUUUGUUAAUGUACAUAUAUUUUUUCCGUUUUUUAUUAAUGCCUUUCUAAUAGAAUCUUUAUUAUAUGGAUCUUUUAACUUUUUUAAUAAGCAACAAUCAAAAGUGAUUUAGAUGAUAAGCAUAGCUGUAAGAUAUUUUAAAUUUUAAGUUAUCAAUUGCAAUAUUGGCGGUGGAAAUAGUUUCAUUGGUAUGUACCUAAUUAUUGGUUAACAAACACUAUAAGCACCAAUUUUCCAAUAGUCAGUUAGACAUCAGAAAGUACAUAUUUUCUUCAGUCAAAAGCAAACAAUGUUUCAUUUAUUUAUUCCUCCGACAUACACGGACAGCUAACUGAAUGUUAAAUUGAUGAUUUAAAUAAUCCCGUUUUUCAAAGAAAACAGGAAUUGAAUCUUUCCUCUCAAGAUCCCCACCAUUUUGUUGAUUUGUAUAUUUUUAAAUACAAAAUUUAAAAUUCAUUCUCCUAUGUAUAUACAAAAAUUAAAAUAUAGAAUUUAAAAAAGUGCAAUUUAUGUUUCCAAUAUGAGCACAAUUUUAAGCAAAAUCGAAUUUUACAAAGCUAAAUAAAUAAUUACUUGUACACAGAAUCUGCAAAUAAUACAUUUAUACAUAUAUUUAUAGUUAUUAUUUUCAUACAUAAUUUGGUUGAUUUAUUUAUGUAAGCAUUUUAAAUAUUAUAAAGGACUGUAGAGCCUUCGUUUAUUUUUAACAUUUAAGUAUAUACUAUGAAUGCUAAACAAUAGAUAACAACUAACGAAUCCAAAAAUAAUCUUCAAUAGGUAAAUUAAAAUUGGUUAUAUUAUGAGGUAGGUACAGUUUUUAAACUUAGAUAGUAAGCAAAAGUUAAUUCAAAAAAUGACUUAUUCCAUAAAUAAAAUCUAUACCAACGCAUGAAAAAGAAAAAAACUUGUUAAAAUGUAAUUAAAUGCAAUUUAUGUAUUACCAUACAGCAAAAGCCACAAAAACAUAAUUUAGCCAUUAAAAGUUGUGUCAACAAAGUGUAGCUAUUGUAAUUAUUAAUUAUUAAAUAAGUUUAUUAGCUUAAGUAAACAUUUGCGAUUAAAGUAUAGCAUUUUUGUCACGAAUCCAUAUUGCUAUGAGUAAUAAAAACAAAAAAGAUGUAAAUAAUAAACAAAAAUAAAAAUAAAAACAAAUAUUUUCAAUGUUUAAAAUUUA